UUUCUAAGGGCAGACUCACCCCAUGAUGCUUCAUUCUUCAGGGCAAAGGGGGCCUAAAAGACUCAAGAAAGUGCCCACCCUUUCCCAAAAUGAGACGUCGGUGGGGCAGGCCUUCACGCUCCGUGCGCCCGAGGGUCCCUUGUAGGACUAGCAACAGAGCGGUAAGCAGAGAAGGCGGAGAAUGCAGACCAGCUGCGGAGGACGGCGGCAGGCGGCCCCUGGGGCGGGAGAGGUGGCGGUGCUGGGAGGCACCAGGGAAGCCCUGGCCCGGCCCUGGCACGUAACAGAGCUAGGAGCCCGGGUGCCACGCGUGUGCGACCGUAGGUGGACAGCCCGAAGUAGAGGCGCGGCGUCACUGCCGGGAGAAGCAGCCGAGGGCGGCCCCCGAGGAACGAGGCCUGGGAGAACGGCGCCAACACAGGCCCCGCAAAGCCACACUCAAAAGUGGGACCGGGGACCACGCCGUCCUCCUCAAGCCUCCGCGGGGGUCUGCCACGCCCGCCUCCUUCACGCGCAGGUGCAUCUACAAGGUAGACUUGGGUGGGCGGAGUCAAGACCGGAAAUGCCCCGGCGCACUGGUCUUCCCCCGAAACCCUCCAGCAGGAACUUCCCUGAGGUCCCGCUUCCAGCCGGAACGCUGGGUUGCUGGGCAACCGGUGCGGGUGGCGCCGGCGGGCUCAGUGCUGCACCGAGUAAGCCGAGUGUAGCUCCCACCUCCUGCCCUGGCAACUUCCCGUCCCGCCCGCUUCCCUUCUUGCCGCCUCUCCUUGCGUCGCGGAAUCCCUGCCCUUGGCACUACGUGCACCUCUCCGGCUCCCACGACACUUUUGUGGCCACCUGCUUCGAACCCAAACUUCACCGAAAGCGAAGCGGUCUGACCCUGGGCGUGGCCUGCACGUUGACGGACCGCGCCUCUCCAGCCAUGGCCACCUACACCUACACCAGCCGGCCCCGGGCCCUGCCUGGCCGGCGCCGCUGUUACCGGGACGACCAGAUGCAGCAAGCUGAAGAACCUAUGCAUUACGGAAACAUAAUGUAUGACAGAAGGGUGAUCCGAGGCAACACUUAUGCUCUGCAGACAGUACCACUGCCUGAGCAGCCCGAUCCUGCAGAGAUUCAGAGACAGCAGCAGGCUAAGAGGAGGGCUCUUGCCAAAAAACGAGCCCAAGAAGAGCUCAGACCACGAACGCCCGAACCCGUGGAAGGCAGAAAGCAUGUAGAUGUACAGACAGAAUUAUACCUUGAAGAAAUUGCUGACCGCAUAAUAGAAGUUGAUAUGGAAUGCCAAACAGAUGCAUUUUUGGACAAACCACCAACACCGCUCUUUAUUCCUGCCAAAACUGGCAAAGAUGUGGCCACCCAAAUUCUAGAAGGAGAGCUCUUUGACUUUGAUCUUGAAGUUAAACCAAUGUUAGAAGUUUUGGUGGGAAAGACCAUCGAGCAGUCUCUUCUGGAAGUAAUGGAAGAAGAAGAGUUGGCGAACCUGCAGGCCCGUCAGCACGUACAUGAGGAGUUACGCAACGUCGAGCUUGCGGAAGUUCAGCGACUUGAAGAGCGGGAGAGACGACACCGAGAGGAAAAAGAACGUCGUAAGCAGCAGCAGUGGCAGGUGUUUCACAAGCAUAAGGAGACUGCACAGAAAAUCGCCGCCCGAGCGUUUGCACAGCGUUACCUGGCCGACCUUCUCCCUUCUGUUUUCAGCAGCCUCAGGGAUGCAGGCUACUUUUAUGAUCCUGUUGAAAGAGAUAUUGAGAUAGGAUUCCUUCCAUGGCUAAUGAAUGAAGUUGACAAAGCCAUGGAGCGCAGCAUGGUUGGAAGAACAGUGGUUGACAUGUUGAUCCGUGAGGUGGUUGGGAAACGACUGAGUCUGUAUGAGCGUAAGGAGGACAGGCACUCUUCUCUGAAACCUGAGGAUGGGCUCAGUGGUCCUGGAGGAAUGAGAGACCCACCGGUGGGCUACGAGUUCCAGGAUCACGGUGCAUCACAGGCACAGAGGCCACUUCCAGACACAGACUCCCUGCAAAGAACACCGUAUGAUGCAAUGUAUAUGGAGAGAGUGUCAUCCCAAGACAGGAAGCUUAUGGAAGAAGAGGAUGAGCAAACAAAUGAGGAAAUCCUUCAGGAGUGAAGAACUGUUGCAAUAGAGGGGAGCUUCGGAGCCGUGGAAGCCAGCAGCAGCCAGUCAGCUUUGCGAGCAAUCAGGUAACGAUGCGCGAGUCCCCUCAGGUUAUGCGCUAGGUUGUGUUUAGUCAGCAUGUCUUCUUGUCCAAUGGACUGAGCAAAUCAAAUACGUUGAAAUAAUAAAACUAAUUUUUAAAAUGAAACUUUAUUUAAUAGUAGACUAUUUAGAAGCUAUAUUUUAACUCUAAUGAGAAUUAUGUCUAAUUACAAGCUUCCCAUUACCAGUAUAUAUAACUAAUGAAUGUAUUUUUCCUUAGCCCUUCCAUCACCACUGUGUAACUAAUAUAUUUUUACUUACUCUUCCCAUUACCACUAUAUAUAGCUAAUAUAUCUUUCCUUAGUUUUGUGGUUUCGUUCUUUUUUUAGUAAGUAUGCUAUUUAAUGUUAGAUAUCAGUGCUGUCAGCCAUUGAGCUUUUCUUCUCUGCAGAAAAACUGUUUAACUUACUCUAACCAAGAAUCCCUAAAUGUUGGGUAACUGAAAGCUAUAGUGCUCUCUCCUUGCAAAGACCAAGAAGUAUACCCAUAUUUGUAUAAAAUUAAACAGAUAGUUACCCCUUCAAUCUUCAAGUAAUGCUCAAGGGAUUCUAUGAAUUAGUAAUAUGCUCUCAUCUAGUUUUUCACAUUCCUGCUAUUAAAAAAUUUCAGGCAAUGCCAAUAAAGCUAAAAGUCCCUCCUCAGAGACGACCACUGUCAUCGAUCAGGUGUGUACCUUCCAGGCCUUUUUCAAGAUAUUUUUAUAGAUAUAGAUUUGAACACCUGGAAGUAUAUGGGAUGUGUUAUUUGCAUUUUUCACCUAACAGUAUAUCUUAGACCUUUCAACAUUAGUACAUAUAAAUCUCUUUUUAAAAUAUGGUAAGAUAUUACCUAGUAUGACUGUGUUAUAGGGAAUUACCAUUUGACUUUUUAAUCUGAACUUCUCUGGUGAAUUUACCUGCACUAUUGAAAAUCACAGAUAUUUUAUUUCUGAAAUUAUGAAUCUUUAAUCACUGAAGUCUUCUGAAGCUUUAGGUAGAUAUAGUCUGUUUUUCUCAGAAUAUUUAUAAAUAUAUAAUAUUUAUAAAUAUAUAUAAAUAUUUAUAAAUAUAUAAGUUAUUUGAAAUAGCUUGCAGUUAUUAACACACUUACUUUAGUUUCUUUUUUCUUUUAAAGUUUUUUUUGCUGUGGGCCAUUUUUAAGGUCUUUAUUGAAUUUGUUACAAUAUUGCUUCUGUUUUAUGUGUUUUGGUUUUUUGGCCACAAGGCAUGUAUCGUCUUAGCUCCCCGACCAGGGAUCGAACCUGCACCCCUUGCAUUGGAAGGCGAAGUCUUAACCACUGGACUGCCAGAGAAGUCCCAACCUUAGUUUCUUUUUAAAUUAGGUAUUAAAAAUAUAUAAGAACAUCUUUCUCCAUUUGUAAAAUGAACUGCACUGUAUGUCUCUAUAGCAUUUUUCAUGAUUCUCAAGCUAAUUCCCCACAUAUUAUAACCCCACAUCAUUUUAACCUCAGAGCAACUUCUGCGGUGUAUGUGACAAUAUUUUUAUUUUCAUUUUCAAUCAAUCUUUGGUUUGUUCAGCCAGCAAACAUUCACUGAGUGCCUUCGGGGUGUGGAGCACCUUGAGGAGGCUGCCUAGCAGUGGAGCUGAGUGAAGCAGGGGUAAAAUGAGGAAACCACAGCUCAGGGGUUUUAAGUGAUUUGCCCUAAGUGACAAGCCUAGUAAGUAAUGGGAUGAAAGCUGGAGCCCCAAUCUCCUUCCUUCUAAUCUACUAUACUUUCUUCUGAACAACCUUGAACCUUUGUGAGGUGCAAAGAAUAACUUCAAAUAAAUUAUUGCAUUAACAGCAUUUUAAAAAUUGGAAUCACUUCUGUCAUUCAUUGCUGGGUUAGUUCCAUCUUGUUAAAAAGUUGUUACGAUCCUCCUAAAAUUUACAAAAUACUAAUUUUGGUAGUAAGACCAGGAAAUUUUUUUUAAUUGGGAUUGUUGUGGAUCACUUUUAUUAUGGGUUGUUCAAUACCCACAAUUUUAAGAAUGCUUUCUAGAUGGAUUUGAGGUUGAUUAUCUGCUACAAUUCUAACCUGCCUUUACAGUAAGCCAGUCCGUUAAACACUUUGCAGAUGUUUUGCUAAACAUCCAGUUCUGAGCUCUAUAAUUCUGUAAGUUAAUUCAGUUUAUUAAAUAUACCUACAUCUGUAGACCCCACACUGAAGUUGGUUAAGCUUAACUGCCAUCCUGUUCCAUCCUAGAGAGAAAAAAAAUAGUUGCGAAGUUAGGGCACUGUCCCGUGAAGCCGGUUAUAUAUUAUCUGUAGGAAAAAAAAUACUGAAUGGAAACUUUAAAUUGGCUAUGCUCACAUUUGCUAAUACUCUUCUUACGAGUCCUGUUCCUUUCUAUUUUCAACCAACACUGAGCUAACAGAAGCUAAAUAGUAAUAAAACGGAUAAUAUGUAAUAACUUUAUAGAGAUUGUCAUCCCUGACAAAAAUUCCCAUAUCACUGAAAUAGAUCUGAAAGGUAGAAGUGAUUUUCUCUAGUGUAGGUAUCAUGGUGUUUAAGCCAUUCUGACUUCUGUUGAGCUGAGGAAUAUUGGCGUGGGCUGAGAAGUCACUCAGAGCAUCACAUGGUGGUGACUGAAAGCAGACACCAGAGCCAGACUGCCUGGUCCUGAGUUCUUCGCCACGCAUAAGGGGUUUGCCUCUGUAGUUGGGAAAAAGAACUGUUUUAUCAGACUGUGGUUUAUUUUGAAAACAUGUAGGAGAGUGGAGGUUUUGCAGAAGGAAAAAGUAUUUGGACAUGAUAGUUCCUUUAAAACUCAUAAUGGGUGUGGGAGAAGUGGCAUUCUGCAUAUCAUAUCAAAAUGUUAUGGUACCAUAACCAUCCGAAUGUUAAUGGUACUCAUUUCUUCGAACCUAAAAAACUUUCAUUUUCUUGUCAUGUUGUUAAAACAUAUUAACCACAUCAGCUAAAUUUUUUAUCUAUAAUUUUAGUUUUCAUAUGUUUUAUUUACUAUGCAAAAUUCGUUACAUUCUGCUUUUCUCUUUUGUUUGUAGGUGAA